AUGAACAGUACACCCCCAGACGCGUCAACCGAGCCCCCGCCGCCGUCACAACAAACUGCGCCCCGGCCUCCCGAUUCGACGCCCGGUGCUCGGACCAUGUCCCGCCCCCGCCGCCUUUCACUCUUCUUCUCCAGCUUCAACGCUUUCCAACCCUCGUCCAAACCCUUCUCCUCGAAAGAGCGAGCGGCAGCGGCGACAACCGACAAUGAACAUGUGACAAGCGACGACGACGACAUGUCCAGCAUAAAUUCGACCACGUUUUCACCGGACAUGGGCAGCCCGAGGACAUUGUUAACCACGCCCUCGGGUUCGGGCUCGCUCAAUUCACCGCAGGAUCGUUCCCUUUCACCCGGGCCUAAGACGCGAGGGAGGAGUGGGUCGGGUAUUGGAGCCAAGUUGGGGGCGAUACUUCAUCUGCGAGGAGGCAAGAAGAGUCGACGUCACCUCUCUGGCCAUUCGCGUGAAACGAGCGCCGGAUCCGGAUAUCUACAAGACGAUGAAGCCACGACGAGCUCUCAGCAGGACGGACAACGAAAUCAUCGCGAACAACGAGGAAAACGAGGGUCGAUCGCAAACUCAGAGUUUAUGCUCGAUAAAGGCGGGACGGGAUUGAAGGUUGAAAGGGCGUGGAGGGAUGAAACGGUUCGCAACGAGGUCUUGCGAGCGGCCAAUCGCCAACAAACCCUGGCUAGCUCUAUCGCCUCCCUGGGACCACAGGAGCCAGACCCUGAGGACAAGAAUUCCGUAUUCGCGGCUGAUGUGGAGCCUAUUCUUCAAACCGUUUUGGAUCAUUCUUCCAUUGGAGCCAAAGAUUUGUUGUUCCAGCCUUCUCCUUCCUCUGGGUCAAUAUUUGUAGAGGGUUUGUUCGAGCUUGGGGGUCCUACUGCGCAUAGAAACGCAAGCGAAAAGGAUGGCGAGGUGGUGGAUCCGGACAAGCGACUCGGAGUGGGGAGAAUGGCUGACACGGACAACAACGCCAAAUGUGGCGACAACAAUAACACCGUGACCAUCAACCAGGCCUCGUUGCAUGCCAAAGGGCUUACUGCUGGGUCUCCUGUCAAUAACGACGACGACAACCGCGACGCCGAUAUCAAUCCCCGCGUCCAAGCGCAACACGGAGACGAUUCCCCGCAGGAGGGAGACACGACGAACACCACGGCGCCAAAGACGUCAGAGUCGUCAUUAACGGUUCCAUCGGAAGGCGGAGCAGCACAGAUCAUCUCCAGCGCUCCCCGAAAUUUGGCAGACAACGUUGAACACGACAAUCAUCACCCCGACCGCAAUUCGAAGUCAGGAUCCGGUGUGGGUACCCCCGGCCAGCGUUCAGGACCGGUUGAUUUGGGGACAGCGACAUCGACACCAGUGUCGGCGACGGAGCUUGGCGCUACAGAAUUAGUCGAAACAACUCGAGUUGAGCAGACUCCUGACGUAGUUCCAUUAAUAUCGGUCGAGGGAUCACCACAAUAUUCUGCAGGCUCUGAUACCAGGACGGCUGUCACACCGGUACAGCCUCGUCCAGACCAUUACGACUCACAACGUAGACCAGCACGUUCAUCACGUUCAUCCAGUCCACCUGUAGUGCGGCCAUCUUCACCCGUCAAACCAUCAAGACGCCCGUCGAGCUCGUCUGCCGCAAAUUUGAAUCAGAAGCACGACCUUGCAACUAGCCAACAACCACUUACCUCCAAAUCCCGACCAGACACGGAAAACUCGACGCCAACUACGGACGAAAGACCAUUAGGGAUGAUUUCACAUCACCAGUCCGCCUCGACAGGGGCUGCAUCGUCGAGCAGCACGCAGAAGGCUUUCCCACCGUAUCCCUAUGCACACCUCUACCCUCAACAGCAACAGCCACAGGCCUCUUCGUCGCGACAUCAUCACCACCUACCCCGCCAGCAGAGGGCACCGCAUUCACACCACGGGCACGGAAGCGGGAGUGGGUUUGCAAAUGUUAUCCCACACCAUCAUCGACCGCAGAAGGCGAGGGCCACAUCUCCCCCACCGAUGGGCGUUCAACAGAGCCCGUGGCAGUUGCAAGUUGCGACCCGGGAUCAGGGACACGGGCAGAGUCACUCGACAACAAAAGCCAGCGGGAAGACGUGGUGGAGCUCAUUCAACCUCUUCAAGAAGGACGCCGCCGCAAACACAACAGCCACCAACCACGGCGCAGCAACGGGAGACCUGGGCUCAUUCGGUGAGUGGUUCUUCCUGUCUUUUGCUUGA